AUGAUUCAGCGUCAAGCCAUCCGUGUCGCUUCCACCACCAGCAUCACGGCAGAUGAAUCGCAUGCGCUACUUGCUGCACAACGUCGACGUCGUCCAAACUCCCCGCAUCUCACCAUCUACCAGCCCCAGCUCACUUGGUACCUGUCCAUGUUUAACCGCAUCACGGGUAUCGCGCUCUCUGGAGGUUUUUACGCCUACGGGGCUGCAUACCUUGCUGCUCCCGUCUUUGGCUGGCAUCUCGAUACCGCUACAUUGGCCGAGGCAUUUGGUUCGCUCAGUGAUGUUUCCAAGUUUGCUCUCAAGACGACUGUUGCGCUGCCAUUCUCGUACCAUUCUUGGAACGGUCUUCGUCAUUUGAUGUGGGACACUGCCACGGAGCUCUCUCUCAAGGGCGUCUACAGAACGGGUUACGCUGUAUUGGGUUUGACGGCUGUGUCAUCUGUCGGCUUGGCUCUCCUCUAG